AUGAGCGCUCAUCGACUCGCGCUCAAUCAUUUCCUUCGAAGCAGUCCACGCAUUGUCACAACACCCCAUCCAUCAACAACUCUACUCGAUAGUGAAGACGAGUUGAAGAAUGGACAACAAGGGCCACUUUUCGAAGCCGCUCUUCCCUAUGUACAAUUUGUGCGCAAUGUGCCAUUAAGCAUUGAUGUUUCACCAUUGUCACCGAUUCAUCUGCUGGGCACAAGUCAAGAGGAUAGCUCGGCGAGCAGCCAAACAAGCCCCACAUUCAUCGCUGGCGUGCAAACGGAGGCGGCUAUCACCGCAUUUGCCACGAGUGACGACGAGGCGACUUUCACUCAAAAAUGGGAGCUAGCCAAUUCUAUGGGAGAAAUCGAUUUCGACAACAAGAAAUACCCAGAGGCAUUUGUACAAUUUAAAAAAGCGGCUAAGAAUGGUUGUGUGCAGGCGAUGACAAACCUUGCACAUUGCUAUAUGGAGGGUCACGGAUGCAAAAAGAGUCAAACUCGGGCUUUUCUCUGGUGGGAGAGUGCGAUGAAAGGAGGCGAUGUAGAGGCACAGUAUCAAAUAGCUUUGUGCUAUAUUCGAGGUGAAGGUACUCAAAAAAGCAAGAACUUUGGGCAGAAGCUGAUGAACAAAGCAGCAAACAGCGGACAUAGUCAGGCGUCUCUUUACAUGGCGUUAUUGCUUCUCCGUGAUGAAAGCCUUCAAAUGGAAUCAACAUUUGCCGCUAAUGUGACACGUUUCGUGCGUCAAGCGUUAGAAGACGAAGAAUGCGAGGAACGUCUUCGUGAAUUAUCGAAAUGCUCGGAGAUUCCCCUAGCUGCUCGUCUUGUCCUUCACGAAGCUCUCCGUCAUGAU